CCAAAUGCUCCAGAGAUGAGCCAGGCCAGACCUCGUUAUGCCAUCGAACGUCCUGCCUACUCUGUCAGCCUCUUCGACGAGGAGUUUGAGAAGAAAACCAGAACUUACCCCGUUGGGGAGAAACUGAGAAACCUUUUCAGAUGUUCCGCUUCCAGGUUCAAGCUCACCCUCUUCCACCUGUUCCCAAUACUGACGUGGCUCCCCAAGUACAAAAUCAAGGAUUACAUCCUGCCUGAUGUGCUCGGCGGGAUCAGUGCAGGCACAAUCCAAGUGCCACAAGGGAUGGCCUUCACCCUCCUGGCCAAUCUGCCUCCUGUCAACGGGCUCUACUCCUCCUUCUUCCCCCUGCUCACCUACUUCUUCCUCGGGGGCAUCCAUCAGAUGGUGCCAGGAACUUUUGCUGUCAUCAGCAUCAUUGUUGGCAACAUCUGCAACGAGCUGGCUCCCGAGUCCAACUUCCAGGUCUUCAACCACACCACCAACGAGACCAGCGUGAACUCCACGGCCCUGGAGGCGGCCAGGCUGCAGAUCUCUGCCACCCUGGCCUGCCUGACUGCCGUCAUACAGCUGUGCCUGGGCUUCCUGCAGUUCGGCUUCGUGGCCAUCUACCUGUCCGAGUCCUUCAUCAGGGGCUUCAUGACGGCGGCGGGGCUGCAGAUCCUCAUCUCCGUGCUCAAGUACGUCUUCGGCUUGACGGUCCCGUCUUACACCGGGCCCUUAGCUAUCGUCUACACGUUCAUUGACAUUUGUAAAGGUCUGCCCCAAACCAACCUGGCCUCCCUGGUCUACGCCUUGGUCAGCGCUGCUCUCCUGAUCAUCGUCAAGGAGCUCAACCUCAAGUACAUGAAGAAGAUCCGGGUGCCCAUCCCAAUGGAGAUCAUCAUUGUGAUCGUGGCCACCGCAAUCUCCGGCAGCUUCAGCAUGCCCAGCAAGUAUGGCAUGCCAAUAGUGGGGAAGCUCAGCAUGGGGUUCCCAGAGCCCACCCUGCCCCUGGUCAGCAAGUGGAAGGACAUGGUGGGCACGGCUUUCUCGCUUGCCAUCGUGGGCUACGUGAUCAACCUGGCCAUGGGGAGGACCCUGGCAGCCAAGCAUGGCUACGACGUGGACCCCAACCAGGAAAUGCUGGCCCUGGGCUGCAGCAACUUCUUUGGAUCCUUCUUCAAAAUCCACGUGAUCUGCUGCGCUCUCUCUGUCACCCUCGCCGUGGAUGGGGCAGGAGCGAAAUCCCAAGUGGCAAGUUUCUUUGUGGCUCUGGUGGUCAUGGUGACAAUGCUGUCCCUGGGAAUCUACCUGGAGCCUCUUCCAAAGUCCGUGCUGGGAGCCCUCAUCGCUGUCAACCUGAAAAACUCCCUCAAGCAGCUGGCUGACCCCUUCUACCUGUGGAAGAAGAGCAAGCUGGACUGCCUGGUCUGGCUCGUGAGCUUCCUCUCCGCUUUCUUCCUCAGCCUCCCCUACGGCGUGGCGGUGGGCGUGGGAUUCUCCGUGCUCGUCGUGGUUUUCCACACGCAGUUCCGCAACGGCUCUGCCCUGGGCCAGGUGACUUCCACCGACAUCUACAAGAACCCCAAAACCUACAACAAGGUCCAUGAAGUUAAUGGGAUUAAAAUUGUCACCUACUGCUCGCCGCUGUAUUUUGCCAACUCGGAGAUAUUCCGGGAGAAAAUUAUAGCCAAGACAGGGGUGGAUCCUGGCAAGGUGUACUUGGCCAGGAGGAAAUUUGUGAAACAGCAGGGGAAGGGCACAGCACAACCACCAGCAAAGCUCCUAAAAUUCCUGCUGAAGGAGAACAAGACCUUGUCUUUGCAAGAGCUCCAGAAGGACUUUGAGAGUGCUUCUCCAACAGACACCAACAACAACCAGACCACUGCUAACGGUGCCAGCAUCUCCUACAUCACAUUCCGUCCUCCUGGCCCCGGGGCUGGCCCAGGGCAGAGCCCCGGGGAGCUGGGCAGCAGCACCACCCUGCAGGGCAGCAGCGACCCUGUGCUGACAGCCCCGCCCUACAUCAGCUUCCACACCAUCAUCCUGGACAUGAGUGGGGUGUGUUUUGUGGACCUGAUGGGCACAAAAGCGCUGAGCAAGUUGUGUUCCAGUUACCAGAAGAUUGGGAUUAAAGUGUUCUUGGCAAACGUGCAAGCCCAGGUGUACAAUGACAUCAGCACAGGGGGAGUGUUUGAGGAAGGAGGCCUGGACCGAAGCCACAUCUUCCUGACCAUCCACGAUGCUGUUUUGUUUGCACUGGCCAGUAUCAGAGAAUUUCAUGGGUCACCCUUUAGGCCUGGCUUAACAGAGCUCUCCAUGUAUGACGAGUCUGUGGAUGAGGGCAGUGCAGAGUACAAGAACCUGGAGGAGGAGAUGUUUGGGAGCAUGUUCCACUCAGAGACCCAGACAGCUCUGUGA